CCGCCGGAGGAAGCUGUGUGCCUGGGAUGCCGAGCGCCAGAGGAUGGAGCUGCUCCGAGAGGGGACGUCGCUAACGAGCCCGGCUUCCCGAGGCGGCUAGAAACAGGCAACUUGCCUCGGCUGGAUCCCCCGAGGCACGGAGCCCGAGGCCACCCGGAGGGACCGACGGACAGACAGAUGGUCGGCGCGAACCCGGGAGGACCGCGGCGGAGGCUGAGCACCGCGAGUCGCCAAGCAGGAGAAACUCACCGCGAACCCAAGUUGCCCCGCCGGCUUCCCCUCGGCGCGCGGAGGAAUGAGACCUUUCCAGCUCGACCUGCUUUUCGUCUGCUUCUUCCUCUUCAGCCAAGAGCUGGGCCUCCAGAAGAGAGGAUGCUGUCUGGUGCUGGGCUACAUGGCCAAGGACAAGUUUCGGAGAAUGAAUGAAGGUCAAGUGUACUCCUUCAGCCAGCAGCCCCAGGACCAGGCCGUGGUGUCGGGGCAGCCGGUGACACUGCUGUGCGCCAUUCCUGAAUAUGAUGGCUUCGUUCUGUGGAUCAAAGACGGCCUGGCUCUGGGCGUGGGCAGGGACCUCUCAAGUUACCCACAGUACCUGGUGGUAGGGAACCACCUGUCAGGGGAACAUCACCUGAAAAUCCUGCGGGCAGAGCUACAAGACGAUGCCGUGUACGAGUGCCAGGCCAUCCAGGCUGCCAUCCGGUCCCGCCCCGCGCGCCUCACCGUCCUAGUGCCGCCCGACGACCCCGUCAUCCUGGGGGGGCCUGUCAUCAGCCUGCGGGCUGGGGACCCCCUCAACCUCACCUGCCAUGCAGACAACGCCAAGCCUGCAGCCUCCAUCAUCUGGCUGAGGAAGGGAGAGGUGAUCAACGGUGCCACCUACUCCAAGACGCUGCUCCGGGACGGCAAGCGUGAGAGCAUCGUCAGCACGCUCUUCAUCUCCCCCGGCGACGUGGAGAACGGGCAGAGCAUCGUGUGCCGAGCCACCAACAAAGCCAUCCCUGGAGGCAAGGAGACCUCGGUCACCAUCGACAUCCAGCAUCCCCCUCUGGUCAACCUGUCGGUGGAGCCACAGCCAGUGCUAGAGGACAAUGUGGUCACGUUUCACUGCUCUGCAAAGGCCAACCCCGCCGUCACCCAGUACAGGUGGGCCAAGCGGGGCCAGAUCAUCAAGGACGCGUCUGGGGAGGUGUACCGGACCCCCGUGGACUACACGUACUUCUCAGAGCCCGUCUCCUGCGAGGUGACCAACGCCCUGGGCAGCACCAACAUCAGUCGCACCGUCGACGUCUAUUUCGGGCCCAGGAUGACCACGGAGCCCCAAUCCCUGCUCGUGGAUCUGGGCUCUGACGCCGUCUUCAGCUGCGCCUGGACAGGCAACCCGUCCCUGACCAUCGUCUGGAUGAAGCGGGGCUCCGGCGUGGUCCUGAGCAAUGAGAAGACCCUGACCCUCAAAACCGUCCGCCAGGAGGACGCGGGGAAGUACGUGUGUCGAGCUGUGGUGCCCCGGGUGGGGGCCGGGGAGCGAGAGGUGACCCUGACUGUCAAUGGACCCCCCAUCAUCUCCAGCACUCAGACCCAGCAUGCCCUCCACGGGGAGAAGGGCCAGAUCAAGUGCUUCAUCCGGAGCACGCCGCCGCCUGACCGCAUCGCCUGGUCCUGGAAGGAGAACGUGCUGGAGUCGGGGACAUCGGGGCGGUACACAGUGGAGACGGUCAGCACCGAGGAGGGCGUCAUCUCCACGCUGACCAUCAGCAACAUCGUGCGGGCUGACUUCCAGACCAUCUACAACUGCACAGCCUGGAACAGCUUCGGCUCCGACACGGAGAUCAUCCGACUCAAGGAGCAAGGUUCGGAAAUGAAGUCGGGAGCCGGGCUGGAAGCAGAGGCUGUGCCCAUGGCCGUCAUCAUCGGGGUGGCCGUAGGAGCUGGCGUGGCCUUCCUCGUCCUUCUGGCAACCAUUGUGGCCUUCUGCUGUGCCCGCUCUCAGAGAAAUCUCAAAGGUGUCGUGUCAGCCAAGAAUGACAUCCGGGUAGAGAUUGUCCACAAGGAGCCUGCCUCUGGCCGGGAGGCUGAGGAACACCCCACCAUCAAGCAGCUGAUGGUGAGAAUGUCAUCUUAUCCCCGCCCCACCCCGACCUCCAUGCCCUGAAGGUCCCAGAACCAGAGGCUUCUUGAUGCUGUAGAUGCCUCUGAGAAGCAAAACAUCAGCCAAGAUGUGCUUCUCCCCCCAUAAUAGGCCAGGCACCUACAGCAGACCUAGGAGAUGCUGUGGCUUGGGUUCCAGACCACAGUAAAGCGCGUCACAUGAAUUUUUUUGGUUUCCCAGGACAUACGGAAGUUAUGUUUGUACUAUACUAUAGUCUAUUAAGUGUGCAAUAGCAUUAUGUCUUUAAAAAUGUACAUACCUUAAUUAAAGAAUACUUUAUUGCUAAAAAAUGGUAACCAUCAUCUGAGCCUUCGCUGAGUAGUAACAUCAAAAAUCACUGAUCACGGGGGCUUCCCUAGUCAUGAUUAAGAUUCCGCGCUUCCGCUG